AUGACUGAUAGCUCUCUUCCGGUUCCUUUACAUCCACCUCCACGAGUGCCUACACCUCCAUUGAAUCCACAAGAAUUGGCAGCAGUUACUCCAUACUUUCCAACUUCAAGACCUUCAGCUUUCCAAGCUUUCACAGUUCCGACUACUCAAGCUGGUGUUAGACGUCAUCAGGUUUUCCCUGACUCUAACAUCAGUCAAGCCUCUGGAGCUGCGAUUACUUAUGGAGUAAGGCAAGUUUUUGAGGUGGGAAAAUCAUCAAGAGGUGCUCAAGAUGGGGAAUCUCACAAUAACAUGCAUCUUGGGGAGUCAUCUAAGAGGAAGAACUUGAUCAUUCUUCAGCGAGAUAAGGAAUCAAGACAACACAAACAACAAGAAACUGAGCAAAGAAUGGGAGGUAUUCUCAAACCUCCUAAGAAACGUUAA